CCAAGACUUUUUCGUCAUGGACCUAGAGAAUUCCAAAGACUUGGAUCCAACUACUUCCCCCGCCGUCGACCCGAGACAGUCUCGCACCACGCAAUCAUCCCCUAAAAUGCUAGAGCACGCAGAGCUCACGGGCCUCGAAGCAGCCUACACCCUGUCUCCCCAGCCGAUAACUCAGGCGGCUAGCCCCCCGGCAGCAGCAAACCAGUCUUCAGUCGAUCCUGCACGGCAAGUACAGUUCGAUACAGGUAUUCAGGUGAGCGGCGCGCUGCGGCACCACACCGCCCAAGGCCAGCAACAGCCAUACAUGCUCCCAGGACAAACCCAGCGGGAUUCGCUGUGGAGCGCUCCGGUGCGAGCGCACGAUGCUGGUGACGAGUUUGAGAAUUAUGCUCUUCACAGUUCCUCCACGGCUGGGUUUCUCCAGCCCACGGCCUCCAGGCAGUCUUCACCUCGCAGCUGGACGUCGCCAGAUCAUUUCCGCUCAGUGUCGUGGGAGUCGGUCCCGGAACAUCUUGCAAACCCGUACCCGAGGCAAAGUCAACAGGUAGCGGCGUUCCAACUAGAGGAGGUCACCACCCUAUCGAGGGAGACCAUGCACCACUAUGUCCAAAACUCGCUCAGCAUACCCGCUACCUCCUUCCACGUGGCUGGGCCGUAUCUUCAGACGGCGAAUUUUAAUGGAAAUGAAAGCGGCUUCCGCAUCCAGGGCCACCAAGACCCAUUCCAGUCGCAUUAUCCGCUACCGCCUGGCGACGGAGGAGGUACCUUGGUCCAGGACAAUAAUGGCCCGCUGUCUCCAUGCAGCUCGACGCUGGGCAUCAAGAUGGAGGACGACAUGUUCAGCCCCGGCACUGCCCUGGAGUCGGGCGAGGAGUUGCUCGGCAGCCACUACCCAUCCGAGCCCGGGCUCCAGAGGCACAGCCGGCGCAGCAGCAGUAUUCCUAGCCCAACCGGCAGCGACGGUACCCUAGGCAACAUGGCAGGCAACAAGAACGAAGAGCCGUACGCGAAACUCAUCUACCGCGCCUUCAUGAGCACGCCCCGCCACGCUCUGACGCUCCAGGAAAUAUACCAGUGGUUCCGUGAUAACACCGACAAGGGCAAAAAGGACGGCAAGGGCUGGCAGAACAGUAUCCGACAUAACCUCAGCAUGAAUUUGGCCUUCACCAAACGAGAGCGCACUUCAUCAAGUGGAGGCAGCGACGACGCGGCAGCCUCCUCGGUCCCCGAUAUUUUUCUGUCGACAGGUACCGUAGCCGACAACAAGAAAUCGACCGAGUGGUUCCUCGAGCCUUGGGCGAUCGAAGACGGCGUACAAAGCACGACAAGAUAUCGCAAGGGCAACCCGUCAAGGAGAGCAGCAGGCAUGGGAAGCAGGGGGCACGACUACAGCGGAGCCCGGCUCCCGGGGAGGAAAGGAGGCAUUCUCUCUGGUCGGGUGAGGGCAAGGCAUCCGUCGUCACGCCACAGCGGUACGGCGGCGGCGGCGGCGGCUGCAAUCCAAAUGCAGUACUAUCCCCAGCAUAUGCCGCAGCACCGCCAGCGCCUCCAACACAGCUUGAUGCAUGGCGCGGGGCCGGCUAGCGGGGAGGAUGCACCGUAUGGCGCCUUCUUGGUCGGAGGAGGGGGUAUGUCCAGCCAGCUUGUUAGCUUGAACCAAGGCGGCGGCGGCGGCAGCAGGAUCAGCGUCGAUUUCGAGUACAACAGCAGCAGCGCCAAUAGCGAUUACCCGGCACCACAGCUCUUCCAGCCAUCGCCGCUUGAACAGCACCACCCCCCGCCUCAUCCCCAGCUCAAUCAAGGUCAUAGUCACAGCCAUCCCCACCACUACCACCACAACCGCACACCGAGCGAGUCCGUCAUCGACGAGCCUAUCACACCCGAAACGUCGUUCGCCGAAGACGCGGCCCCAGUCAUGCUGCUGCCCGACCUGCGGACCACGGCAGGCCCCAGCAGCAGUAGCAGUAGCCUGUCCACCGACGGCCUACCCUACUUUUCCAGCGAAGACCCGGCCUUGGUCUACCCGCUGCAACCCAUCGUGGGCGUCUAUGACGAGGACAUGGUCACGAACUACAGCUGGGGCAACGGCGGCAGCAGCAGCAGCAGCGCGGGCGGCGUCGGCGUCGGCGUCAGCAACGGCGGCAGCAACGGUAGCAGUAGCGGCGGCGGUGCGGUCAUCGGCAUCGGCAUUGGCAUAGGCCUGGACGACUCGGCCUACCAUCAGCACCCUUACUAGCACCACAACGAAAAAGAUGCCUGGCCAGCCAGCCCAGUCCCGGCAUCCUGCUCUACAGAUACCAAACUCAUGGGGUAAUCCAUGUUGUUGCGUGGGACCCCCCUCCACCCCCUUCGCUACUCCCCGAAACGGAACGAGGGCUGUCGUGGUGGUUGCGGGCUGGCCAAUGAGAAGUGCCUGCGCACACACACUACACACCCCUGCUCUUUGCUGUCAACGUCAGAGCUUCGAGGAUGUACUAAGAGAGGGGCGCUUUGCUUCUUUUUUUUUUUUUUUUUUGCUUCCUUUUUCCGUUUU